AUGGGUAUCGUUAUGGACGCGGGACCUUACUUCUACAAGUCGAUCCAGGCCGCUUCCUUCACAGUGGCCGCAGAUCAGGACAGCCUCAACGGAGUGCCAGUCGACAAAUCUGUGCAAGUGCCGAUGGCUGGAGGCAGCAGUCUGCUGGCUGCGUGGAGCAGGAACGCCUCAGCACUGAUCCUGGCAUUCAGCGGCACUAAUCAGACGCUCGAGAAUGUCACUGCAUCCAAUCCGCUGCAGUCCAUGAGCUUCCUGGGGGCCGCAUUUGGCGACAAUGGCACCAUUGAUGCGCAGACCUCCGACCCUUUCAAGGAGGCUCUGGCCCCAGACAGCCUGUCAUCGGUGAUCAGUAAUGUUUCCAGUGGCACGUGGCCGGCCAGGAUAGUGGCGACUGGGUAUGCCCAGGGAGGAGGGCUGGCCAAGCUGGCUGCUGUGUGGGCGGGUGCAGCGUACCCAGGCACCCAGAUCCGCUGCAUCGUGUUUGGCGCGCCCCGCGUGGGUGAUGCACGGUUCCUAUGGGCGUACCAGCAGUUGGUGGAUCUACGCUACGAGUGGGCAGUGAAGUCAGACCCGCUGCCCGACACCCCGGAGGGCAGCCCACAAUCCGAUGCGCUGUACUACCUAGGUGAGGGGACCCUGGCAGGCAACGCCAGCUUACAGCCGCCCGCCAGCCUGACGUUCUACAUGGCUGCGCUGGAGGCCAACGCCCGUAACAUCACCAGCCAGGGCAGCCUUGCAGAUGACAAUGCGCAGAACACAGUCAGCCCGGGCAAUUCCACGCAGCCGGGCACUCCUGUAGUCACCCAGAGCCCCUCCCCAGCACCCACAGGCUUCUUCGGCCGCGUCAAACAAACCUUUGAGAAUGUUGUCAGCGGGGUGGAGGAGAUCCUGCCGGUAGCGACACAGGAGAUUGCGCGCAGCAGCACUGAUAACACUGAAGUCAAGGAGUUCCCAUUCACCAAUCUGUCAGACUCUGACCCCAACGCGUGCCCCGUCGAGUUGUGCAAGACCCGCCAGCCCUCUGUCUGGUCCUGCAAUGUGUACAAGAAUGGGCCGGACACAAUAGCCCCUGGAUCAGUGACCAUCAACGAGCCCGAGAAGAGCACAGACCUGGCAGUGGCUUGGCUGCCCCAGAACUCCACCGCUGUCUACGCCUGGAGGGGCAGUGUCGACAGAAAGGACUGGCUCGCAAACUUCCACCUCAUGCUGGAGAAUGACCCGCUGUCGCCAGUUUUGGACCAGCUCUUCCCAGGCGCCACAGCCCACUCCGGCUUUGUUGGCCAGUUCCGCGCAGUCACCGACCAAGCCACGAAUGACACCUACAAUAUCAAGACGGUGCUGCUGAAGCAGUCAAAGGGGCGGCCGCCCACCAAGGUGAUAUGCACCGGGCACAGCUUGGGCGCUGCGCUGGCGUCACUCUGCGGCGUGUGGGCCUCCCUGCAGUGGCUGGAUGCUGAUGUGAGGGUGGUCACCUUUGGGUCUCCAGCCGUCGGCAACCAGGAGUUUGCAAAUGCGUUCAAGCUGGCGGUGGGGAGGGAGUAUCGGCUGGUGGACCGGCUGGAUGUGGUGCCUGCGCUGCCCCCCUUCGACGGCUACGUCCACCUGGACUACUCCCAGUGGAUCUUGGACAACGGGACAAUUGUUGCGGAGACGCGGCCGCACUACAACACGCGCGACCUCAAUUGGGACGACCAUGCAUGCGCAGCCUACAGCAACGCCACCUACAAUGUCACCCACGUCAGCGCCCCACAGACAGUCACCGGCACUGCGCCGAUCUAG